CGGCGGCCCCGUGGCAGCCAAGCGCUGCUGAGCGGCGGCUCCGCGGGCGCAGAGCGAGCGCGGCCCCGGCCCGGCGGCGGCAGAGAUGAAGUUCGCCGAGCACCUCGCGGCGCACAUCACCCCCGAGUGGCGGAAGCAGUACAUCCAGUAUGAGACUUUGAAAGAGAUGCUAUAUGCAGCUGUGGACCAGGCCCCUUCUAUAGAAGACACAGAUGAGGACACAGUGAAAAGAUGUUUUGCCAAGUUUGAAGAGAAUUUCUUCCAGACCUGUGAAAAAGAACUUGCCAAAAUCAACAUUUUCUAUUCAGAAAAGCUUGCAGAAGCUCAGCGCAAGUUUACGACCCUGCGGACGGAGCUGCAGUCGACUCUGGAUGCACAGAAAGAGGCCAGCGGGGCCCCCACGCUGCAGCGGCGCCGCAAGCCCGUCUUCCACCUGUCCCACGAGGAACGUGUCCAGCACAGGAACAUCAGAGAUCUGAAACUGGCCUUCAGUGAGCUCUACCUCAGCCUCAUCUUACUGCAGAACUAUCAGAACCUGAACUUCACUGGCUUCCGUAAGAUCCUGAAGAAGCAUGACAAGAACCUGGAGACAGCGCGGGGGGCGGAGUGGCGUGUGGCCGAGGUGGAGGUGGCACCCUUCUACACCUGCAAGAAGAUCAACCAGCUCAUCUCUGAAACAGAGGAAGUGGUGACCAGUGAGUUAGAAGAUGGAGACAGACAGAAGGCUAUGAAACGUUUGCGUGUUCCACCCUUAGGAGCUGCUCAGCCUGUGCCAGCCUGGACUACCUUCAGGGUUGGAUUGUUCUGUGGGCUGUUCAUUGCACUGAACGUCACUGUCAUUCUUUCAGGUGUGGCUUUUAUAGAUGGACCAAAUGUGUGGCCACUGGUGAGAAUCUAUCGAGGUGGCUUUCUCCUGAUAGAAUUCCUCUUUCUCCUGGGUAUCAACACCUAUGGCUGGAGACAGGCUGGAGUCAAUCACGUCCUCAUCUUUGAACUCAAUCCCCGCAGCAACUUGUCCCAUCAACAUCUCUUUGAGAUUGCUGGUUUCCUGGGGGUUUUGUGGUGCCUGAGCCUGCUGGCAUGUAUAUAUGGUAAAUUCACCUACAUCCCUAUGCAGGUGAAUCCACUUAUCCUGUAUGGCUUCAUGUUGCUUUUUCUCAUCAACCCUACCAAAACCUUUUAUUACAAGUCCCGUUUUUGGCUGCUCAAACUAUUGUUUCGAGUGUUCACUGCUCCCUUCCACAAGGUAGGGUUUGCAGACUUCUGGCUGGCUGAUCAGCUCAACAGCCUGGUCGUGAUACUCAUGGAUCUGGAAUACAUGAUCUGCUUCUACAGCUUUGAGGUUCAGUGGGAGGACAAUGCUGGACUUCUGGCAAAUACAGAUAAUCAGAUUUGUUACAGCUACUCCUACGGAGUGAGAGCAGUUGUCCAGUGCAUCCCUGCUUGGUUGCGAUUCAUCCAGUGCCUGCGCCGCUACCGUGAUAACAAACGGGCCUUUCAUCUGGUUAAUGCUGGAAAAUAUUCCACCACCUUCUUUGUGGUGACAUUUGCAGCCCUCUACAGCACUCACAAAGCUAAAAACCACAGUGACACCCAAGUGUUCUUCUACCUGUGGAUUAUCUUCUACUUCAUCAGCUCUUGCUACACCCUUAUUUGGGACCUGAAGAUGGACUGGGGUCUCUUUGACAAGAAUGCUGGUGAAAAUACCUUUCUUCGAGAAGGAAUUGUCUACCCACAGAAAGCAUACUACUACUGUGCCAUUGUAGAAGACGUGAUCCUGCGUUUUGCAUGGACCAUCCAGAUCUCCCUCACCUCCAUGCAAAUCUUCCCAUAUGCUGGGGACAUAAUUUCCACUGUGUUUGCCCCCCUUGAGGUAUUCAGGCGGUUCGUGUGGAACUUCUUCCGUCUGGAAAACGAGCACCUGAACAACUGUGGUGAAUUCCGUGCCGUGAGGGACAUCUCGGUGGCACCGCUCAACGCCGAUGACCUGACACUCUUGGAUCAGAUGAUGGACCAGGAAGAUGGUGUUCGGAACCGCCGCAAGAACAAGCAGUGGAAGCGCAGCCAGAGCGUGUCCCUGCGCAGACCGCGCCUCGCUUCGCAGUCCAAGGCUUGUGACACCAAGGUGUUGAUAGAGAACCUGGCGAGUGAAGUGAACACAUGAGGUGGCCUCGGGCUCUUAUUCCGCAUCCGUUGUUUUUCCCGUUCUGUUCCCCUCUGCCCCAAGUAACCCCAUCUCUGGUACAGUUCAGCUGAAAACAGGAGAAAACACUGAACAUGUUUUCCGAGCUCUUCCAGACCAGAUCCUAGGACUCCAACAAGCUCACUGUGUUUCAUUUCUUUUCUUCUGGGUUAAUUUUAAUGUUCUAUUUUAAAAAAAAAGAAAAAAAAAUAAAAUAUUUUACUUUGUUUUGCCAAUAAAGAGGACAGUUCAGGAAAGAAGGAUUGUUUACAGUCUCAACAAGGACAUCCAAACCUGUCUGGAUAACGAAGCAUCAUAGGGACUCCCUCACGGGACAGUGCCGAGAGCACACUCAGUUUCUGCUUGGCCCGGUUUUGACUGGUUGAAACCGGACUUAAGUUUUUAAAUCUGAUUUUUUGUUUUGUUUUGGGGGUUUUUGUGUUGUUGUUGUUGUUGGUUUUUUUCUUCAUAUCCAGCGCUGAGGCACUGGCUGCACUUGCAGGGAAAGUGCACUUAGAGCAGUAUCUUCAUUCAUGAAGCUACUUUUUAAUUUGAUGUAACUUUUCUUAUAAUUUUUUUGGAAAUAUGAUGUAUCUGUUGCAUAUAGUUUUCAUAUUAUUUAUGAAACUUAACCAUAUGAGGGUGAUUUAGAGUCCUGUGCAAUGAAGGUUGUAAUGGUAAAACAAAGCUACGAAUGUAGAUCUACAUCUCCAGGGUUGUGGGACUAUGCCCUGCAAAUACCCCCUCUUGUGAGACAACUUGCACCUGUGUUUACCUUUUCUCUCUCCCUUUCUUUUUCAUUUUAUUUUAUUUUAAACCAAAGUUUCUCUUUCUUAAUUUUUUUAGUUGCUGCUACUGCUUCUGGGCAUGUCUCUUGUGCCAGUUCAACACCAGUGUCCCCUGCAUCUGUGUGACAGUUGUGCAGAUGACUCUAAGGCCCUUUUGAAAGGAGAGCUGGGUCCCACUGUCUAGGCCAAGAAAGGCUUCAGAACUUAAUUCUCCACAUCCAAAUGUAUUUUUCAAAGCCUUAAGAAUCCUUAGAUGGCAUCAGAGCAUCCCACACCAAGCAGAGAGUGUUGUUCUGCAGCCCAGUGCAACAGUGGGACGAGGCAAGGAGGUGAUGGUUCCCAUGGGGUGGGGUUGGGAUUCAGGAGCCAUGGUGUCCUAGAGAGCUGUCAGGGAGUAUGGAAAGGACUGUGCUGGGAAAGGGAAAUUACAAACAGGUCUCCCUGUGGCUUGUGGUAUGGAAGAAAUCCUCUGUCAGGUGCUAUGCUGGCAUGCUGCCCCUUGCCUUAUCUCACUGCUCCAGUUGGGGAAGCACAGAGUUGGGUCAAGGGCAGCUGUGUUUGCAGCCAAGCAAAUUCUGUGGGGCACAGCUGGGAUGGUCAGGGAAGGUGACACUCUUGAAGUAGGAUCCUUGCACUGAUACUUGUCUGCUGACUUGCCUGUAGUUUGGGUGAUGGAACUGCAGGAAUCCCUGCUCAGUUGCUGUUCAGUAGUAUUUUUUUCUUUUAAUUAGCUAAUAGCAUGGCUUUUCCCACAACUGGUAUGUUGCAUUUUCUCAGUUUGCCUGCUGUGCCUCUUGCCCAGAGGAACUGAAAAGGGAAGCUUAGUUCUGUUAAUUUUAUUUGAAGUAGAUGAACAUUAGGUGGUGGUGAACUUGUGCCAGGCUAAGGGCAACACCACUGCAAACGUGUAGCUAUCUGUGCUUCUGUGGCAGGCUCUCAGCUCAUGAGGAAACAGGGAUGGAGCUGCUGGGAGAUGUUUCCAGCAGCUGCUGUUGUGAUGGAGCAGCUGGGGUGUUUUGGGGUGCUUCUCCUUGCACCUCUCACAGCUUCAGUCUGCUCCAGUGGAGGGAGGCUGGGCUGGCAGAGGUUGUGCCCAGGAGCCCGUGUUCCCAAGCCUUGCUCCUCUAGGGCUGUUGUUGGUACUGAAAUGGAAGGUUCCUAUUCUUAUGGAAGUGGAGUGGGAGUUGUAAAGGCCCUUAAACUGUUGUGGUGUCUGUGUUGUGGCAGUGGUCACCCCAUUAAACCUUUGCGUAGGUGUUUCCAGUGAGAGCUGUGAAACCAGACUGACCUCAGGGUGGGUCAGAGGGGGGCAGCCAUGCCCUGGGGGGAGGAAUCCAAAAUAAACCCGUGCUGUUACUUAAGCAAUUGGUUCUUUAUCAAAAGAAAAAGAGCUUUACUGGUGUUUCUUGCAGAGGGAGGAAAAAAAUAAAUAAAGGGGUGGGGGGAGGUGGCAUGCUGCAGGUAGCAAAGAUUAUCUUGUAAAAUAAAAGAUUGUUUGGCAGUGAAGAUGCUCUUCUGGGGAGAAAGGAGCCCAAAUUCCUAGGUGUGUGGCUUUUAAAGGCUUCCAGUGCUGCCUCUGCCUGUCCCCUCCCUCCUGGAGAUUUCUGAGAAAUCGGAUGUGCCAGUUCCUCCUGAGAGCUAAAGCCAGGGUGGCUGCAUGUCUGCAGGAACAUCUGUCCAAUAAAGAGAGACUUAAGAAGGCGAGCAGAUGGUGAGAGAAAAUAGCCCCUGUUGCUCUUUGUGAGCAGCAAGGUGAGGGGAGUGGGGACAGUCCUGGGCUGGCUUUGCCUUGUGAGCUGGCUUUGCUGAGGGGGGACAGCGGGGUGACAAUCCAGAAGGAUGGAGAGCAGAGCUGAAAGGAGCUGGGGACUUUAUCCAGUGCUUUAGUUGUUGGAAUGUAACAGGUUGGAAGGUAAAAGCUGAGGCAGGUCUGGGCUUUGGCUGCUGUGAAGCUGUGCUAGGUUUGGGUGUCUGUCCUUGUGACUCCGUGCAGAGGUUGGCAGAGGCUGUGGGUGUAGCUCUGAGGUCAGUGUGGAAGCUGGUUGUGUCUGGCUGAAACCCGUGCAGGUGGUCCUGUGGAAGGGGAGGGAGGAGAAAGAACCAUGGUCAUCUGGGCUGGAAGGGACCUUAAAGAUCAUUAAGUUCCAACCCCCCUGCAUGGGCAGGGACACCUUCUGCUUGCUCCAAGCCCCAUCCAGCCUGACAUUGAACACUUCCAGGGGUGGGGCAGCCACAGCUUCUCUGGGCAACCUGUGCCAGUCUCAAACCAUCCCCACAGGCAAGAAUUUAUUCUUAAUCUAAAUCUCCCCUUUCAGCUCAAAGCCGUUGGCCCUGUCACUUCAAGUCCCCAGAUUUCCUGUAGCUCCUUCAGGUACUGGGAGGUGCUGAACAAACCCCAGCUCUCAGCCUGUCUCCAUAGGAGAGGUUCUUCAGCCCUCUCAUCAUCUUCAUGGCCCUUUGAGAUGCCACAGUGUGACCGAUCAGUUUUGGAAAUUCCUUUUGAACUGGCUGAUUCCCUUCUGCUUUCCAUCCUUCCAAGGAUUUGUGGCUUGCAGGAAGUUAGGAUUUACAGCAUCCAGGGUCUAUUUGCUCACUGGAAUUCCCUGUGUGGCUUUGGGACCAUGUCACCAGGAACACCAAGUCCCCAAGCUGGGGGCAGGCAGUGCCGUGUGCUGUGGGGCAGUGGGGUUUGGGCUUUAUGGACUCGGGAGGCAGGAGCAGGAGCUGCUUCUUCAACAGGAACUGACUGCUGUCCCACCACGUUUUAGAGGGAAUGCUUUUGCAGGGCUCUUGGAUCAUGUAUGUAUCAAACAAAUUCCUACCUCUCAAAUCCAAGCACGUUCCCAAAGUCAGCUGUUGCUUGUCCUAUGCCUUCCCCUGCCCUGCUCCCAGCCCUCCUUCUCUCUCUGGUGUCUUUGCUGAUGUUGUUUGUCUGAAGCUGAUGGGACACAGGGCAAUGGGAGGCAACCACCAGCAUCCUUCAGCACAAAAAUCUUGUGGGGGGAAACACCUCUUGUGGAGCAGAGUUGGGUCCUGCAGCUCUUGCUUCCCUAAGACCUUCUUGUGCUCGGCCAUGUGACAGGCAGGGGAGGGAAGCAUGGUCCUUGCUCAGAAGGAUCCCUGAGGAUUUCCCUGUGGAUCUUCCAAGGAGCAAAGGAGGUGGUGUGAAGCCUUUGGGCUUUGCUUGAGUUUUGAACAGCCAAGAAUAUUUGGCCUUACCUUGCAAGGAUGCUUCUGUGUGCUGCUUGCUGGGACCUGGUGUGUGCCCCAGGCUUUUGGGGGAUUUGUGGGGGACAUGCCCUGGGACUGGGGUGUGGCUUAGCUCUCAUUGGGAGCCAUCUCUUUGUUCUAUGUCCUCCUCUCCUCUCCUGCUUUGCACUUGCAGGGGGAAGAUGAUCUUCUGCCUUAAGCAUACUGGGGUUUUUUUGUUCAGUUGUUUUUUGGUUUUUAUAAUUUACAUUUUUAUUCUAGAAGUCAAUUGGAUUGGUUUGUCUCCUUGGAAAAGAGGGGCUGAGGCUCCUGGGAGAAUUGUGGAAAGCCCCUAGGGUGACUCUUCAGCAGUCAUGGUGGCUGUGCCUGCAUCAAACCUUGACUCCUGUGCAUCACACCAUCCCAAAUACUGCACCAGGAGAUGAGCUGUCAACCCACUCACCACUGAUGGGUCCCUUGGGGGCUUCUGUCCCUGCUUGCAGCAUCCUGAGUGCAAGAGAAAUGCAGGUUUUGCAAGGGGAAGAGAGGAAAAGGCUGGUGAUACUGGGUAUCUCCAGAUGCUGGUGCCCCAGCCCUGUUCCCAGUGGAAGUCCACAGUGGCCCUGGGUUAGAGGCACCCACCCUGCCUGGGAAGAUGCCCCAUGGCCUAACAGUCCCUUAAGCUCUAGAAACCAAAUUGCAAACUCUUUGCUCCAGAGGAGAAAUUGGGCAGCCUGGUAGAACUUGUGAUGACCUCCCCAUCCCAUAGGUCCUGGUGAAGGAUCGGCGUUUGGAAGGGGCCUGGGGUGGAAGUGCCACAGUUGCCCCCGCUCCCACCGCCGCCUUCCUCUCCCUUCCCCCUGUGUUGAUCUAAAUGAUCUUUCUAUGAAGCCCUGUAGAUGUCAAAAGUAAUUAUGGAGUGUGAUUAGUCCUCAGUGGGUGCUUUCUUUCUUUCUUUCUUCUUUCUUUCCUCUUCCUUUCUCUUUUGCUAUCCCCUUCUCCACUCUUCUUUUUUGGCUAAGUGGAAAAGGUGAGGACAAAGAAUUGCCGCUUGCUUGGACUCAUGGUGUAUCUGUGACUGCGCUAUUAUUAGCUGUCUCCUCGUUCCUCCCCAAAUGGAUAUAAUUUUGAAGUGUGGAAUACCCUUCUUGAUAAGUAGGUUUAAAAAGAAAAAUAAUACUAAUGCACAAUGUGAUACUGUUUCAUAGUUUUUAGGUGGUUGUAUAAAGCAAAGUUACUGUGAUUGUGUUUUUCAAAGGAAAAAGUGAUUGGUUACAAAAUCUGUCCUUUUUUCAUUAUUACAAGCUCUUUGUUUUCCAAUGA